AUGAAGCUGAGCCAAACCCUGGCGCCCGUUGCGGGCUUGUUCGCUGUUGCGAAUGCAUGGGGAGAGACAGGCACUCACUGGACGACUGUCGUGACCACUGCAUACACCACCUACUGUCCUUCUCCUACUACCUUUGUGCUUUCUAAUGUCACGUACACUGCCACCCGGGAGACCACCUUGACCAUCACAAACUGUCCCUGUACCGUCUCCGUCACGCAGCCUCCUCCUGUCACGACAACAAUCUCGGAGGAAUGCCCUGAGGAGACUCACUAUCCAGGAACUGGAACUGGCUACACUGGAACUGGUGGUCCAGGCCCCAAGCCGACUGGUCCGACCACUAAGAUUUAUCCUACCUACGGCAACGGUACCACAGUGAUCACUUACACGCCUUCGCCUACGACUUACAUUUCUGGGAUCAUUCCCAUCACCAGCAGCAAGUCAACCACUCUAGCCUCUGCCACCAGCAGUGGUGCUCCAUCCAAGACUCCUGUCGGGCCUACUACCUCGCACCCAGCCACUGUUCCUACUGCCGCUGCUGGUAAAGUUGGACCGGUCGGUGCCCUUCUUGCGGCUGGACUGGCGGAGGCAACGAGUUCAUGGGACACAUGGAACAUGAACGACGAUUUUGACAUUUUUGAGAGAGACGAUGACAUUUGGACGACAUUAUUUUACGACAACUUCUACACGAUCAUUUGGACCAAGGAAGCGACCUGGCGCAACGCAUUAGACUAUGAUACCAUUUGA